AUGGGUUUUCAAUGGCUAAGCUUGGUGGGUGCCAUUUGGCUCCAAUCCAUUAAUGGGACAAACUCCAACUUCCCUGCUUAUUCAUCCCAACUCAAGCGUCUUCUCUCCAUUUCACAGCUUGAACUCAACAACCUAGCAUUUGCUUCCGACGCUGGAAAAAUCCUGGGUUGGUUCGCCGGCAUUGCCGCCGGUUAUCUACCCCUCUGGCUAGUCCUCAUGAUAGGUGCAAUUCUCGGGUUGAUUGGUUAUGGCGUUCAAUAUCUCUUCCUUACAAACCAAAUCUCUUCUCUCUCUUAUGUGCAUGUUUUCUUACUCACCGUAUUAGCAGGAAACAGCAUUUGUUGGUUCAACACAGUCUGUUACCUUGUCACCAUAAAAAACUUUCCAUUGGAUCGUCAGUUUGCCGUGGGGCUAUCAACUAGCUACGUAGGAUUGAGUGCAGAGAUUUACACAGAUAUUGUAAAUGUUUUCUUCUCUUAUUCACAAACAGAAAAAGCUGAAGGCUAUCUUCUUCUGAAUUCAAUCUUACCCCUUAUAGUUUGUAUAAUGGCUGCACCGGUCGUCAGAAAUAUCAACGUCGGAAAGUCCAAGAAAUUGUCAAGUGGGUUCAUUGUAAUGUUUGCAAUAACAACAGUCACCGGAGCCUAUGCCAUGAUCAGCAGUCUGGGUUCAGUUAUGUCAAGUGUCAUGUCACCGUUGAUUGUUCUGAUUGGUAUGGGUGUGUUCUUAGUCACCCCACUUGUGGUGCCAUUGGGUGAUAAACUCAGAGAAACUUUGCAGCAAAAAUGCUGGCUAAGGGUAGAGAGAAGAGUACAUAAUCAUAAUCUGAAAGUAGUGGAGGGUGUUGAAGGUUCAAUGAGCGUAGAGGAGGGAGUGAAUGAAGAAGACACCACUGGUAUAACAGAAUUAGUUGCUGUGAAGGAGGAGAUUGGAGCCAAGACUAUGGUGAAGAGAGUAGAUUUUUGGUUAUAUUUCUUUGUCUAUUUCUUUGGUGCAACUCUUGGGCUGGUCUAUUUGAACAACUUGGGUCAAAUUGCAGAAUCUCGUGGAUGCUCGCAGAUUUCUUCUCUGCUCUCAUUGUCUUCUUCAUUUGGUUUCUUUGGUCGCCUCGUUCCUUCCCUUCUCGACUGCUACUUCUCCAGGAGAAAGAUCAAAGUCUCAGGAGCAGCAUCAAUGGCGGUGAUGAUGGCACCAAUGGCAGGAGCAUUCUUCGUCCUCCUCAACAAAACCGACGUCUGUCUUUACAUCAGCACAGCCAUUAUAGGUGUCUGUACCGGAGCAAUAACCUCCAUCUCCGUCUCCACAACCACAGAGCUGUUUGGGACAGAGAAUUUUAGUGUAAAUCACAACGUUUUGGUCACAAAUAUCCCAAUAGGUUCAUUUCUAUUUGGUGACUUAGCAGCACUUCUUUACAAGAAAGAAGGAGAUGAUGAUCAUCAUGGUAAUGGAAGAUGCAUGGGGAUGAAAUGUUACCAAAAGACAUUUGUUAUAUGGGGUUCACUUUGUCUUCUUGGGAUUUUGCCAGCUUUAAUCCUCCAUGCACGAACCAGAAAGCUUUACUCGCAAAGAUCAUAG